AUGCAAAAUAGCCAGCAACAGCCUAACUUGAACUCCAAUAUGCCUUAUGAUACGGAAACUUUGGUCAACUAUAUUCGCACGAAUCCACGAUAUGCCUUAGGAGUGCAUCAACAGCUACUGGAAAAUCAACAGACGCAAGCAAGCAUCAAUUCUGCUUCUUCUUCUCUUGCUUUACAACAACGUCCUCAACAAACAUCUACCCCAUCCUCAAAAAGAGUUCUCGAUAACUCUAGUAGUGGCGGUAGACAACAAAACAAGAGAGUCUUUCACAAUCGUGUUCUACCGUCAAAUAAUGGCAUGAAUACCUCCUUGUCUAAUGGAUACCCUUCUGAACAACCCGCUCAACUGCAACGACCACAGCCACAGCCACAACAGCAAACAACUCAGGAGCAAAACUCUCGCAGAAUACCAUUUGAUCAGUUAAAACGUGCUGUGUCGAGCAAUUUGCCACGUUUCUUCAUCGAAUAUGACGAUAGUACACCCCAUGAGGAUCUCCCAUCUGACACCAUGGCUGCUAAUUUGCUGGAACAACAUUUUGUACAAAAUGGUUAUAAUAUAUCUUUUUCAUUCGUGGCUCACAUCGGAAAUAAAUUGAAAGUGGGCGUCAAUAAUAAAGAAAAUUAUGCUCAAUUGAUAUCAGCAGAUGUAUGGCCAGAUAAAAUUGGAAAUGUGAACAUUAAAGUUGUUAAACCAUCCUAUGUACCAGAUGCUUUUGCGAUUGUUGUCCGCUUUGUUGAUUGCCAAUACGAUGAGGAAACUGUAAAGACCGAAAUACUUCGAAAUUUUCAUUCAGCUGAGAAUAUAAGGAAAAUCAAUUAUGCAUUUGAACGACGGGCAAACGACUUUCGAUUUAAUGUGAAGGAUCUACGCGAAUACAACUCUGCUUUGCAUCGUGGACGUAUUUCUAUUGGAAAUAGCUUAUGCAUUAUUACACCUUUCAAAGUCGGAAAUCGAAUGACAUUUUGUACGAAAUGUUGGUGUCUGGGUCAUUUACAAAAUAAUUGUCAAGCUACCUCUCCUCGCUGUCGUUUAUGUUUAGAAGAUCUGGCAGGAAGUGACAAUAUACAUUCUUGUUCAACUGGUCCUAAAUGUGCUCAAUGUAACGAAGACCACCAUUCGCUGGAUAGUAGAUGUGACAAAAUCAAGGAAUAUCGAGCAGAACUCAAACAAGAAGUCAAUAGAGCGUUACAAGGAGGAAGAUUACAGCGAUUUGAACCUCUCGAAAGUCCAACGCCUACCUUCCAGCUACGACAAGGACAACUUCCUCAGCUACCUUUACCAAUAAAUUCUCAUCCAGCUCCAUGGUCUCGAGCAAAUGCAGCUACGUUUAUUCCUCCUCUUACUACAACAACAACUAACAAUUCGACUGCUGAUUUAAAUCAAACACUUCUAAAGAUAAAUGAGAAUUUAUUGGCCAUGCGAAAUAGUAGUGAACGUAUAGAAGAGCGACUGGGAAAUAUCUAA